GGGCUCGGUGCCCCGGGGCUCCAAGGACCUGUCGGUGCUGGCCCUGCGGUUCUCGGUGCCCCUCGCCCACGGCUCACCCUCGGUGCCGGUCCGGCUCUCGGUGCUCAGCAUGUCCCAGGCCACUUACAUCAAGAUGUGGGCAGACACCCAGAGAGAGCUGGACACCAUGCUCCAGAGAGAAAGAGAGGAGUUCCUCGAGCCAGAGGAGGACCGUGAGAAAGCGAUGAAGAUGUUGGCCACUGCCUACAUCCAAUAUCUGGAAAUCUUCCGGAAGCUGGAGGCGGCCCACGACCACCUCAUCCACCAGCAGAGGCGGGCGGCGGUUCGGCAGGUGCUGGAUGGGGUCAUCGGCCGCAUCCUGGAGAUCAAGAAAGAGAUGGUGGCCCUGGAGAACUCGGAGUGUCACUGCCUGGAUGGCAUCCUUAUGGAUCUGAAGCGUGUCCCGGAAGACAUAGAAAUACCCAUCCCAAAGUAUUUUGUGAAAGAAAACCUGAGAAUCCUGCAGGAGAGGGAGAAAUACCUGCAUGAGAUUUUGCUGAAUGCUGGUUUGCUAGAGCAGGAAGCUGUCACAGCCAUGACACUUGAAGAGGGCAUUAAAGUGAUCCAGGUGGCAGAACGGGCUCGCCAGGGCCGUGCUCGAGCAGCCUUCAUGAGGAGAAUUUACCUUGAAGAGAAAAGACAAAGUAAAAAAGAGGAGCAAGAGAUGGGCAAAAAUCCAGAUGAUGCUGCCACUUGCAUUCAAAAGGUCUGGCGUGGGUACAGCCAGCGCAAGAAAACAGAGAAGCUGAGGGAGGAGGAAAUGAUAUUUCUGGGCAUGAGCCUGCCUCCUGAAUUGGAGGCAAUAAGCAGUUUGCAGAAAGCAAAUGUCCUGCAAGGUGAAGUCCAGGAAAGAGAGGACUUAGACUUCAGGCCAGAGCUGAGGAAAACAGAGGGGCCCCACAUCAAGGAAACCCUCCAGGACCAGAUCACCCAGUGCUUCCUCGAGUGCCGGCAUAUCACAGGCAGGUUUCCUGACUAUCCCCCUGAGAAGACAGGUGGUUCCAAGGCUAUUUUUAUUGAAAAACAUCCAGAGCAGGUCGCUGAAGAGCUGGCUGCCAAAAAGGAGAAGGAGAGAAAGGAGAAGGAGAAGAACGGGAAAAAAGAGAAACAAGAGGUCAAAGCGAAAAAGCCAGAAAAAGUUGGAAAGCAAGUAGUGGAUCUAAGAUGGAAAAUUGGUCCAAGCAAUUUCCUGUCGAUACUGGAGGAAGGAAGCUCUCAGUACCAAGUCUUUUGGGAGAACAGAGAUAACAGAUGGGAUUUUCUCCAGGAUCAUGACCCGGAGCUGAUCAAAGGAGGGGAACGGGAAGAAGUGGAGGAAGAGAUCAGAGUGCAGGUCGAUGAAGUGAUGCAGGAGAAACUGCUGAAGAUCAAACAGGCUGUGGAUGGAGAGACAGGUCCUCAGAGUAAAGCUGGGAAAGGUGUAAAGGGAAGCAAGACACCUGCAAAGAAAAAGAUACCAGAGCUGGAGAGAGAUCUGACUCCUGACAGGACCAUUGAUUCCCUGUACCAGGAACUUGCAGAAGAAGGAUUGCUCAUCAGAGUGAAGAACGUGAAUCUCUCUGACUACAUUGGCUACUACGACUGUCUGAGGAACAUCCCCCGUGGGACAGGUGCCCAGCCCAUGCCCUCCAUCCCAGAAGUCAGACAGCUCGUGACUCUCUAUGGAAUAUUGCCCUUGGGUUCCCAGAUCGUCCAUGAGAAUGCUCCUUUGGUGAAAUCCCUGUUGCUGGCAGGACCUGCUGGUGUUGGAAAGAAAAUGUUGGUCCAUGCCAUCUGCACAGAAACAGGAGCCAACCUCUUCAACCUCUCUCCUUCCACCAUUGCUGGGAAGUGUCCAGGCAGGGAUGACGUCAUAAUGAUGCUUCACAUGGUUCUCAAGGUGGGCAAGGAACUGCAGCCUUCAGUCGUGUGGAUUGGAGACACGGAAAAAAUGUUUCCCAAAGGGGCACCGAAGGGAGAAGAAGAGGUGAGCGCCAAACGCCUGGCAAAGUUCCUGCCCCAGUUCCUGAGGGCUCUGAAGCCAAACCACAGGGUGCUGCUCGUGGGGACCACCAGCAAACCCUACAGUGCCAAUAUGGGACCUUUCUUCAAAGUUUACCAGAAAAUCAUUCUCCUUCCGAAGCCUGACUACCUGACAAGAUUUGCUCUAUGGAAGCACUACAUCCUGCAGGCUGGUGGGGCCCUCAGCCGGCGGGUGAACCUCAACUGCCUGGCCCAGGUGUCGGAUGGCUUCACCCAGGGACACGUUGUGGACGUGGUGCACACUGUGCUCACCGAGCUGAGGCUGCUGCAGAUGGCCAGGAAGCCACUGAGGACUGCUGAGUUUGUCACUUCUCUGGCCAGACACGACCCAGUGUACAAAGAGGAGGAGGAAAUGUUUCAGGCCUGGUAUGCCAAGACACCGAUUGGGAAAGCAUGGAGUGCAGCACAGGAAGCAAAGGAAGAAGAAAAAGAAAAAGGAAAGAAAGGAAAAGGGAAAAAGUAACUUCCUCGAGGAUUUUUCACCUGUCCCUACCCAGUUCACAACUUUGCUUCACUGGGAAGGCAUGGCAGAUUAAUGCUCCUCAAGUUACAGAUAUUCCAGGGGAGAGAAUUCUUCUCCAAAUUAAUUUUUAAAAGUUUAAAAAAAAAAAAAAAUUAGAUGAGAUGUAACAUGUAGCUCUCAGAGGAUAAAGAGUUAAUGACCACUGACUUGCUCAAGCAUUAUUUAUUCUAAGAGAUUUUAGGGGGCAGAAGGGUUCAUUACUCAGGCCUGUAACAUGCCAUCAACUUUUAGGCUAUACUCAUUUAUUUCAGCAAGUAACUCUCCUUAAAAAUUGAUGUCAGUUUAAUGUCUUUCAUUACUUUAAUAUCCUAUAUGCUUUAUAAAACUAACUGCUUUAUGUAUCUGUGGGUCUAAAGCAUUACAGUCCUCAAUAAAACUAUUACAGCUAUAAA